AGUUCCUGAAGAUUGAGUCUCUCUGUAGUUGUGGAGACAUUUCUUUUUUUCACCGGUUCGUUUCAGGCUCCACAGGUGGGUUUCAUGCUGACACACUUAUAACUGCUGGCAGGAGCAUACCUGCCGGUGUUUAUGUGACACCGAGGCGCCCCUCCUUCCCACCGCGGGGCAGAGAGCCGCUCCGCCGCCGCCGCAGCCGCAGCCUCCUCCUACUCCGGGUUCACACAUGGCGACCGCCGCGAAAAACGUACGCACUUCCUAAAACCGUGGUUCAGGGGGAAAUCCCGGUGGCAGACCGUGGGUAAACGUCAUGGUGGAUUACAGUAUUUCAGAUGGCCCUGGAUCCCUGUUGCCCUUUGAACCAGAGGAGCUGACACUGAUCUCCCUGCUGGAAUGUCCCCUGUGUUUUGACCAGCUGGAUGCCUCUGCCAAGGUGCUGCCUUGUCAGCACACUUUCUGCCUGUCCUGCCUGCAAAGACAUGAGGUGGCCCAAUCCCAGAUCUUCUGUCCGGAGUGUCAAGCUCCUGUCCCUGUCAAGACGAUGGAGGAGCUUCCUGAAAACCUGCUGCUGGUUCGGCUCCUUGAGGGGCUCCAGGGCCUGUCAGGACCUGACAGAGGCUCACAUAGAGGCCGGUAUGCAGUGCCAGUAGACUGGGGAGGCUUGGAGGGUCAGCAGCCAGAGAGUCAGCGCAGAGAGAGGCAAGGGUACAGCGAGGCGCCCUUCAAAACACCAGCAAACAACCAUCGAGCUGACAUGUCGGGGGAGCUGGUCUUCACACCUGCUAAUAGUGCCCUGCCCAGCCACAAAGCGGAGGAAAGCCGGCAUUAUGAAAACAUCAGUGAUGGCAGCAGAGCGUCUCUGGGCAGCCAGACGCCUCAGCUGCAGCCCCUCCAGCAGAUCCAGCCGCAGCCCCUCUGCAGGGCGCUCUGUGACUUCAGCCCUGAAGAGAUGAAUGUGGAAGACAGCAAAUAUUAUCUCAGCUUCCUCAAGGGAGACAUCCUGACCACCCUCAGGCGAAUAGACGAGCAUUGGAUUGAAGCAAGGCUGGGGGGAAAAGUCGGGAUAUGUCCCAGACAGUUUAUGGAGCCAAACCCUGCUGCAGCAAAACUGCUUAAAGGAAAGAGUCGGAGCGGCAGUGACUCAGCAGAACCUCACCAUCAAUACGGGAGCGGGGGCAAAAACAAGGCCGCUGACGCAUCCAGUCGCUCUGCCCAUUACGGAGUCCCUCAGGUCCAAGCCAAGACGCCCGUCAUCAGUGCUUUGCGGAAACAGCCCGCAGUAAGCAGCAACAUCUCCUUCCAGCCACCCACCAACAUCAGCUCAUCCAUCAGCUUCAAGCCGCCCUCUGCACCGCGCAGCCACUCUUACCCUCGCAGAGUGAGCCGAAUGAGCCGGCGCUCUGACUCUCACAGACACCUGUUACAGAGUGAAAAGAAGAUGACCAGCGAGACCCCGUCCACAAUCUCCGUGGCUCUGAUGAACCCCCAAAUGGCCUCCACCUCUGCAGACAGCAAAAACUCCUCCACGCAGCAGCUCUCCAUCAGUGUGUGCGCUGUCCUGUAUUCCUACAAACCUCGUCGACCGGAGGAACUGGAGCUGAGGAAAGGAGAGAUGGUCGGCGUGUACGGAAAGUUCAAAGAAGGCUGGCUCCGUGGGUUGUCGCUCAGAACGGGGAAAGUGGGCAUUCUUCCCAGCAACUACAUCACCCCUGUGCUCAGAACCUCAGCCAGACUUCUGGAGACCAAAGCAGCUAAUCCAUUCUCGCAGCAUAACACGGUAUCUGGGAAGAAACCCACCCCUGCAAAGAAUCCCACUGUGGUCCUUGCUCUAGACAGGGUGGGCAUUGAUGGAACGAAAUUCUCAACAGGACAGGUGUCAUCUGUGCCAAAUGGAGCACACCGCGCUGUGUCCUCCAGUGGAGCUGCUAAACCGUCUUUCUAUGGGACGUCUCAAGGUUGGGACACGGUGAGGCGUACUUUCAACCCGCACAGAGCCUCAACCCGUCCCUCCCGUAUGUCCUCUUACAACCUCCCGUCCAACUCGCAACCUUUUGCUCAAGUUCAGGCGUCAGGCUAUUCACCUGCCCUGCAGAGAAAGAGAAACAGCAGCUUUCCAUCCAACUCCAAACCUUAUGGCUGGAUGACUGAGCCAGCAGCGCCCUCUGCUGCUGCGAUCAUGAAGGACUGGGACUUCGGUGCCUCACAUGAAGCAGUAUUUCAGCAUCAAAGGCAGUCUGCUCCACAUGCACCUCAGUCGAUUCUGGUCAAACCUGACACACAGAAAAACAGCACGGAUAAGCCGGUCAAAUCAGUGCGGUUCCUGACCGAUGAAGAGUCUCCUCCUCCAAGACAUCGGACCUCCUCGUGGUCAUCUGGGACUCAGGUUCACCCAGAUUGCCGUCCUGGGCUCCUCCCUUUAGAGGUGUGGGCCCCAUCACUCACCAUGGGAAGAGACGGACCAGGGAUCCUUCUGAAAGACGGAAAAGGUCUAGUUCUUAGGAAGGGCUUUGAAAUGACCACGUCUGAUCUAAAUUCUAACCCACAGAAGCCAUUCCACUCACAGCCAUCUCUUUCAGUCCUGUCUGCUCAGUUCAGCCCCAUCAGACACAGGGUGACCACAACACAGUUAGCCCAGACAGACUCAGAGCUCAGUCUGCUUCAAGGAGAGGUGGUCCUCGUCCACAAACCUCGGCCUGACGGACGGGUCCUCCUUACGCAGGAGAGCAGCGGACAAACAGGCAUUUUCCACAACACUAUUCUCCAAGCUCUUGAAAGGCUCAGCUGACUGUGUAUUACGGCUGCAUUUAUGUAUAUUUUUGUCAAAUCUGUUCAAACUGCCAAAUAACUUAAUGAACAAACCGGACAAAAUUAGUUUUGAUGUCCAAAAACUAAUCCUGCCAGAUGACAAUCCAAGAACAGGUUUUUAGUUUGGACCUGAGAGGAUGUGAGAGUGUGAGUAAAGUCUCCAGAGAUAUAUUGUAUGUCCUACAAUGGGUGUGCAUGUUUGUGCCAUGUAAUAUUAUUCAAGUUUUGCACUAAAACCCUCUUCAGGUUCCUUGCUUCAUCUGUUACACACAAUGGUGAGUGCCUUUGUCAAAAACCCACCAAGAAAACAUAUUAUAUUUGUAUAUAUUUAGAGAGAUUAAGUAAAUUAUCUGUACUGCUUCUGUGUUAAUAAAGUAUACUUCCAGAAAAGUUAA